CAUCGCCUUCCACCAACAUUGCAUUGCUCAGCAAGGGCAAUAAGAACCCCUCGAGAGCGCGCAGAGCCUACCUCUCCCAUCCCCAACAACGCCUCCGAUUCUCCUCAAUCUCACAGCACACGUACCAAAAUGUCCACCCAUCAGCCCCACCACCAGGGCGACGAUGAAGACGACAACGAAGAGGUCAUGCUCGACCCCAACGAGGCCGGCGAAGAGAUUCCCUCAGAUGAAGACGCACCCAUGGACUCUGACGACGAGGACGAGGGCGCCGAGCCCACCACGCUCGAAGAAAUCGCCCUCCAAAACGACAGUGCCGCCCACUUCGACGCCCACAACGACAGCAUCUUCUGCAUCGCGCAGCACCCCGUGCACCCCGCCAUAAUCGCGACGGGCGGCGGCGACGACUGCGGCUACAUCUUCGACGCGACACCGGCCCCGGGCCCCGUCCUCCCGCCGAGUUACGAGAGCAACCCGCAGCCCGUGGAGCGCGCGUCGCUGGAGAGCCUGUUCAAGCUCGAGGGCCACACCGACAGCGUGAACGCGAUCGUCUUCACGAAACCAAAGGGGCAGUACGUCGCGACCGCGGGCUUGGACGGGAAGCUACGCGUCUGGCAGGGCGAGCCUGCGGGCCGGCGGUGGAAGUUCCUCGCCGAGGCGCAGGAGGUGGAGGAGAUACAGUGGAUGGAGGCGUGUCCGAACCCUGAUCACCCGAAUACGAUCGCGUUCGGUGCGAAUGAUGGCAGUGUGUGGGUGUAUAAGAUUGAUGCGGCGGAUAAGGCGAGCCCGCUCACGAUUGUGCAGGCGUUCUAUCUACAUACUGAGGCGACGACGGCCGGCGCGUGGACUCCGGAUGGGAAGCUGCUCGCGACGGUGGCGGAGGAUAGCAGUUUUUAUGUGUGGGAUGUGUUUGGGGAGGCUAGUGCUGCAGGGCUCGCGGAUGGGCAGCAUGUUGUUGGCUUGACGGGGGUUGACGAGCGGUUCAGGGUUGAGGGAGGUCUGUACAGUGUUGCCAUUGCACCUAAUGGGGCGUUUGCCGCCGUAGGAGGCCGAGAAGGGCAGAUCCGCGUUGUGGGAUUGCCACGGUUAGGGGUCGCAGCCUCAGGUGCGGUCAGUGGCAAGGGCUCAGGAGCUAAGAGCAAGGCUGGUGGCGCGAAGCUGGCGGGUGGGCCGAAAUCAGUGGCCGCGGGAGCAUCGGCUGGGCAAUCAGGUCAGAUUCUGGCGAGUUUGGCGGCUGGUGUGGAUAACGUGGAGACGAUAUCGUUCUCGCAGCCUCCGUUGACUCUCAUGGCGGCUGGAAAUGUGGACGGUUCAAUCACGCUGUUCGACACGGCACAUCGGUUUGCAGUACGGCGGAGUAUACAAGGAGCUCACGAGGACGACGAAGGCGAGCAGCCUGUUGUCAAGGUCGAGUUUGUGAACAGUUCAGGCCAAGCAGGAGGGUUGCUCACAUCGGUCGGAUAUGAUGGGGUUGUUAGGCGGUGGGAUGCAAGAGGUGGUACUGCGGCUGCAGCAAAGGGACUUGUGGGUGAGUGGAGAGGACACAGGGGUGGUGGUGAAGGUGGUGGGAUUAUGGGGUUUGUGCAGGGAGAUGGGAAUGCUGUUGUCACGGCGGGCGAUGAUUCGGUAUCGUUAGUAUUCCCCACGCGGAUAUAGGACGAUCUUCACAUCAAUAAAUUAUGAAUCGCGAUCCGAGACUCUUCCAUGCAAUAUUUAGACGGAUGACUAUGUAAGAGAUCUACUUAAUAGACAGUGGAUCGGCUUGGUCUAGAACCAUGGAGCCGUGGGAGGACACGCCCACUACGAUUACCGCAUCUGAAACAAGUUCUCAAAACGCCUACUACUGAGAGCCGAUUGCGGUCAAUAUCAAGCUGAUUUCCCAAACAGUCUUGACUAAGUGGGACCACUUCAGGUGGUAGCAAAGCAAUUGCAAGAGAUAGUAAGCCUCAGCACAAAUGAGGUCUAUGGUUUGGAGCUCGCGUUUCUGCAUCGCCGGAUCAUGGUUUUUGUACCGUGGCUUCAUGAUUAUGCUGGGACUCUGAGCACUAUUAUUGUCCGCAGCGGCACACCUUAAUCUAAAAUAUGAAACUCUGAUUAAUUCAAAGUGGAAUAUAGUAUAUAC